CUAACCAAUGUAGAACCGUCUUCAUGCGGACACAUUUGUUUAGAAGUGGGGGAAGCUGUGCUAACGACUCCGUUCGCUAAGUUUUCAGUUCAGAUAACGUUAUAGGCUUUCAACCAUGGGGAAAUCGUUUGCAAAUUUCAUGUGCAAGAAAGAUUUCCACCCUGCGUCGAAGUCUAAUAUCAAAAAGGUAUGGAUAGCAGAGCAGAAACUAAGUUUCGAGAAGAAAAAGCAAGAAGAACUUAUGCAGGCAUACCUGAAAGAGCAGGACACUUACAACAACAGGUUGUUGAUGGGGGAUGAUCGUGUUAAAAAUGGCCUCAAUUUCAUGUACGAGGCUCCACCUGGAGCAUCUAAAGAGGAAAAGAACGAGGAGGGGGAAGAAGAGUACAAAUUUGAGUGGCAGAAGGUAGCUCCUCGAGAGAAGUAUGCAAAGGAUGACAUGAAUAUUAGAGAUCAGCCAUUUGGAAUUCAGGUGCGCAACGUGAGAUGCAUCAAAUGUCACAAAUGGGGCCAUGUGAACACAGACAGAGAGUGUCCUCUCUAUGGGCUGUCUGGUAUCAAUGCCAGCUCUGUGGCCUCAGAGGAGGCAGCAGGUCCGUCGAUGCACCCCUCAGAGUUAAUGGCGGAGAUGCGAAACAGUGGGUUUGCCCUGAAAAAAUGUGUCCUUGGUAGGAAUGCUACUGUUUGUGAUCCAUCACAGGAAUUUGUUGCCAGCGAUGAAGAGGAGGAUCCUGAGGUGGAAUUUCUGAAGUCAUUAUCAACCAAGGAAAAACAGAAGCUCCUCCGAAAACUUGAUCGCCAGGAAAAGAAGAAGGCCAAGAAAAAGAAGAGCAAAAAACAGAAGAAGAAAAGCAAAAGAAAGCACACGAAAAGGCAUGAAAGCAGUGGCAGUUCCAGUGACUCCUCCAGCAGCAGCAGUGAUAGUGGCUCAGAUUCAGAUAGACAUGGCAAGUUCAAGAGCCAAAAGAGAGAGAAGAACAAGAAGAAAGAUUCCUGUUGGGAUAACAGCUCAAAAAGCGAGCGGCGAGUCAAGAGUCGGAAAAAGGCCUCUUCUCACAGGAGCAGGUCACCGAGUCCUCACACUGGACAGAGGCGGCAGGAAGAGGAGUCCCGAGAUUAUAGACCAACACAGAGAGAGAGGGGAAGGAGCAGGAGUCGAAAUCGCAGCCCGGAGAACAAGAUCAAGUCGGAGGGAGGUCAAGAGAGAAAGAGACACACCAGCAGGGACAGGCAGAGACCUAGCAGCUCGAAGUCUGGUUUGGACAGAAGUAGGAGCCGCGAGAGAGGCAGGGAGGACAGAGGUAAAGACAGGCGCAGCAGUAGAGACGGUGAGAGGAACAGAAGUAGCGCAGAUGGAAGGAAAGGCAGAACAGCAGAUGGGAGGAGCAGAAGCAGGGAAAGGGGGAAAGAAAGGGAGGACAGAGGAAGAAGUAGGAGUAGGGAGAGAAGAGAGAGAAGCCAAGACAGAGCUAAAAGGAAGCGUUGACUUUUUUGAAGACUUUUUUUUUACCUUAUACAAUAACAGUGAACAAAACGUGAAAAAGCUUUUAAGUUUUAUGUUGUUGUUUUUUUUUUUUUGCAGUUGCUGUUAAGUAGUUCUCUUGGUAAUCAAACAGAAUCCCUCUAUUUAAACAUCAACCUGCAGAUAUUGCGCAUGUGGGCUUUCUCCUUUUCCUCCAGUAGAGGGAAGCAGUCGACAGAAAAUAUCUAGAUGCAGCCCAUUGCCCUCUCGUGUUUUCUUGUACUGUGUGACGGUAUAAAUUAAUUGAUUGCCAUUUGGAGCAAAUUGCAGCUCUAAUCUGUUGAUGGGAAAAUCUUGGACUCAUUUUCAUAUUCAGUUGGCUGCUAGAAAGACUAUUUCUGUUGCUGCAGUUUAUAUCCUCCCUUCGUUGCUGUCUUUUUUUUUUUGGGGGGGGGGGUAUCGACAUUGUGAGCUGUGAUGCUUCGACGGGUGUUGACGUCAUCAAAAAUCUGG